CCAAUAGUUUGAACCCAUGUUGCAGCCCGCAGCCGCAUAACGGUUUGACCUUAAACGGUUUAAAACGCCAACACGCAUCACCAAAAUACAGCUCUCUCUCUCUCUCUCUCUCUCUCUACAUGUUGGGCUCUAAGCAUCAAUUUCACCUCCUUCAAUGAAGAACGAUGACGAAGAAGGUUUCCCCGGCACCCGCGCGCCACGUCAUCUGGUUCGGUUGGAAGCUUGUCAUCACCCUCUCCGUCUCUCUCUGCAUCUUCGCUCUACUCAAACUCCACUUCAAAUCCGAUUUCUCUUCCCCUGCUUCUUCCUUUUAUCGCUCGAGAUCUCGAAUUUCUCGCGGCAGCUUCCAAUUCGUUGGUCCUCCCAAGAUAGCCUUCCUUUUCCUCGUUCGCAAAGACCUUCCUCUCGAUUUUCUCUGGGCCACCUUCUUCGAGAAUGCUCAAGUGUCAAAUUUCUCAAUUUUCAUACACUCCGCGCCGGGCUUUGAGUUCGACGAGUCUACGACGCGGUCACAUUUUUUCUACGGUCGGCAAUUGAAGAAUAGCAUCCAGGUAAUAUGGGGAGAGUCGAGUAUGAUAGAAGCAGAGAGGUUGUUACUCUCAGCUGCCUUAGAGGAUCCAGCAAAUCAAAGAUUUGUUCUCCUCUCUGACAGCUGCGUCCCCCUGUACAACUUUAGCUACAUAUACAGCUAUUUGAUGGCUUCUCCUAGGAGUUUUGUAGACAGCUUUGUUGAUACAAAAGAAGAGCGCUACAACCAGAAUAUGUCGCCCAUUAUAAGAAAAAACAAAUGGAGAAAAGGAUCCCAGUGGAUCACCUUAGUCAGAAGCCAUGCAGAAGUCAUUGUAGAUGAUGAGGUUAUAUUUCAAGUUUUCCAGAAGCACUGCAAGCGGGCGCCACCUCCAGAUACCAGCAAGGGAAAGCUGAAUCCAAAACCUAAGAAGCAGAAUAAUUGUAUCCCAGAUGAACACUACGUGCAGACAUUGCUUUCGAUGGCUGAGCUGGAAGGUGAACUUGAAAGAAGAACCUUGACCUAUACUGUGUGGAAUCAGUCGGCAACAAAAAUGGAAAGUAAAGGUUGGCAUCCUAUCACAUUCACUUACGCAAAUGCAGGUCCCCAAAAGAUCAAGGAAAUAAAGGACAUCAACCACGUUUACUAUGAGACUGAAUACCGGACAGAGUGGUGCCGUACUAACUCAACAUAUGUUCCCUGUUUCUUAUUUGCAAGGAAAUUCUCUCGGGGAGCUGCCAUGCGCCUUUUGAGUCAGGGGGUGGUUGGUGCCUUUGAUGCCUCAGCACUAUUAGCUACGUCCACCUGAUUGCAAAUCUUAACUGUCAACUGACCCACUUAAAAUUUUUGUUGGGGCAGAAAAGGUUCCCCACGCCCAUUAUACAGUUAUACACGUAGAACGCUUACAUAUAUACAUGAUCAAUAUGAGAGAGUGUUGUAACAACAGAAGCAUUUGGAUCAGUGCGAAGAAAAAUGAGUUGGAACAUCAGGACAUUCGGAUACCAUCAUUACAUUUAUAUCCAGCAACAGUAGUCCUGAUUACUAAAGCAGACGAUUUGAGUUGUAUGAUUAUAGCACUCAUCUUUACAGCAUCCUUUUAUAAAAGCUGGCAAAAUAUUCCUUCUCUUUUUA